UUAAAAAAAAUACAUAAUUAAAAUAGGUAUAGGAACUCGAAUCCGAACUGAACACGCAAUGAUUCGAACCAAAUGCAAACCAAAAUUUGUAAAAAUCUGAAAUCCGAAUGGAUCAACUUAAUCCGAAUGGAUAUAUGAAUGUCUAUCCCCCAAAAAAACUUAUACAACAGAUCUCUUAGUACAACAUACAAUAAAUAAUCUAAUAAACUAUUUCGUUCCGCGCACCCUUGAUUAUAAAUAUUAAAAGGAGUGACCAAAAAGUUAUUGAGAUUAAUUAAUCUCGGGAUUCUAGUUUCUCGCCAGGUAGACUACUUAGGGAUCGAGCUGUUGCUCCUCAAAUCUCUAUGUAAAGAAAAUGAUAUGUUAUGCUUUUCUAGUUAAUUCUUUCUAAUCUCCCAAUUAUAAACCCUUUCCCCGCUUCAUGAUUUGAAGUAGAACGUUUGAGUAAUUCAGAUCGUAAGCAAUCACUCUUUUCUUUGUUUUCUGCUUUUUACAUCAACCCAUAUAAUUUUUAUAGGGUUUUUGUUAUCCAAAAGUAUUUUGAUCAAAUCUAAUUUUCUUCUUUUUGUUAUUGUUUGCAUCUGACGGUUAUAAUAUGGUUGAACUCUUGUUUCUUCUAUCCUUUUUGGUGGAACUACAAAGUAAUUGCUUUCAGAUAAAUCUUGAGAACGCAUUAAUGAAAAAUGGAGUGAGUUUUAUUUCAUUACUUUUUAAGAAACCAGUUUCAUGGUUGUCUUUUAUCGCCCCACCAUUUCUUCACAUCGUAGGGCUUGAUUUCUCGCAAAUCAUCCUAACCUCAGCUGCUGUGUUCUUCUCCUCUUUUUUCUUCUCCUCUUUCUUAUUCCCUCUCACAAUCCAAAAACCAAACCCUAUGAUAGACUCCAAGGUUCAAGCUAAGGAUCUUGGUCAACAAGACACUUUAGGAAACAUCGAAAUAUCUACGAGCACUGAUGAUAUUGUCAGAAAUAAAGAUGAAGAAGAGGGAACAAUUCCUGAUGAGGAAAGCCUUAUAGAACUCUCCUUACCAAGCGGUCACUACGUUGGCCAGCAAUUCAGUACUAUGACUGUACAUCAAGAUUUCGGGCAUAUCCAACUAUUAGCCGAGUCUGAAGAUGAUAAUCUGAUCGAAAUCGAUAUUUCAAUCGGAUCCAUCAAAUGUUCCAGGUUUCAGUUCAAAGCCUGAUACAUGUUCAUAUUUUCUACAACCACGAAGGGAAUAACGAUUGUAUGUAAAGUAAUUAUUCCGCUAUUUUUGCACGCCACAAGUUUUCUGUGUGUUUUUAAUAAACUAUGUAGUUGCAAUUUAUACUUCUUUUUUUUCUCCAGCCUUGUGGGGUUUUGCUAUUGUUGUCAAAACGGAACAAAAAUUUAUCACAGUUAUCUCUUUGGUAUAAAA